CGACCGGCUUCCUACAGCUGUUUAUUUCCAUAUAUAUAUUUGUGCAGCUCCGAUAACUAACCAUUCACCAGCACAUCUUCGCACAGUAAACAUCGAAUCAUCGGUGACAAUUACUUAGUUGUUUCAUUGCUCGACUUACAAUUACACUCAACAUGAAAUCCUUCAUCGUCUUGGUCUCCCUAAUCGGCAUGUCGAUGGCCCAAAGGCCCACCUACGCCGGACUCACCCCCAAGUUGGGCCCGGAACUGCACAGCAGAUUCAGAACUCAGAACGACACGGGCGACUCGAACGUGCUGCAAAACCGAUUGGGCGAUGGCGGCCAAAACGCCAACCUCCCAGUCGACGCCAGGGGUGACGAGAGUCUGGUCAACAGACUCAACCAGUGGCCCAGGGAACACAGACCAUUCUGGCUGCUGAACGCCGAAGCCAUCGAAGCGCAAAGACGUCCAGGACAAGCCCAACAAGGUGCAAUCAACCAGAACCAGAACCCGAACCAGAAUCAAGGAUUCGCCUUCAAUCAACAACCAGUUCAGGCACAAACUCAGUCGCAGGCCGGACUCGGCUUGGCCAACAGGAACAACUUCGACAACGCCGGUGGUGAUGGAUUUUUCGAAGUGGUCAACGGCAUCCCCGGAACCUUCGACAAGACCAUCGACGGCAAACCGAACGUCAACUUCCAAAACAGAUUCGGUGACGUGCCGGAGACCAGACCCAUCAGGCCGGAGAAUCCCAGGUCCUCGUUUUUGAGGCCCAUCAACUAAAUUAUGACUGACUGACUGACAUUUGUGUUAUAAGUAUUAUAUACUUUAAUUUAAUAAAGUUUCCUAUUUAUGUUUAA